AUGAAUCAUGUAUCCACACCAAAACAAACCAAAAAACCAUCAUCAUCAACAUCAUCAUCACCAACAACGGUUAACAUUGAUGAUGGUGGUGGUAUAGGUAUCACACCCAUUAUAAUCAUCAUCAUCAUCAGGAUCACCAUUGUGACCCUAAAAAGUCAUAGCAUCUACCUUUUUCCUUACGUGAUAUCAAUCCCAUCAGAGAGAGCUCACAUUGCAAGGCUAGUUAGUAGGGCUGGCCCUUCUCCUACUACUACUUCACUACGAGGUUGA